ACAGGUUCCUUCUCCUAUUCAGAAGAUGUGCUGGAAGGUCCCAGACAUGGUGGACGACCCUCCGCUGCCACUGACGAGCCAGGAAUCACUGACUUCCACCCAACUGCAGAGGCUCAGCAACCUCCAUCGGGCAGCCAGCCUCAGGUCCCAUGCGGGCCUGCUCAACCCUCCUGGAGGCCCCCCUUUCCCACCCUGGGUGAGGGCCUGGCUGCGUGGGGCCCUCUGGAGUUGAUGCAAGCCUGCCUGAGCCUUGGCACACCCAUUUGGGGUCGGUCCUUGUCCCAGCCUCUGCCCCAGCCCACUGACAUGCCACCCAGCAUCCCACCUGUGCCUGUCCCUGUUUGCAGCAAGGCCUUGCCUCUCAUCCAUCGUCGGAGGGCAGCAUCUCAGCACCUUGUGCCGAAGGAGGACUUGGACGCCCUAGUGGCCCGGGACCGAGACCUUCAGCAGUUGAGGCUGGGGCUAGUGGUCCCAGCAGCCCGGCCCCCACCCUCCUGGCAGCAGCGCCAGGAAGGCUUUGACAAUUACCUCCGUCUGAUCUAUGGCUCUGGCCUGCUGGGCAUGCAGUUUGGAAGGGAGUCCCAGCAGUGGAGCACCGGGACCCUCACAGUAGAGAGAGAGACCUGGGAUGUGUGUGCCCUACCCCAAGCUGCCCACUGUCUUGCCCGGGGUGAGGUCAGCACUGCAGGCCAAACAGUGCCAACAGCCCUGUCCCCACAGGACCUGGGGCCCCUGGACCAGCACUUCUCCCAUCCUCCCCGAGUCACAGUGCCGAUCCCACCCACCCACCGUAGGGUGCACAGCAAGGCAUCCCAGCUUUUGGCCCGCUCCUCACUGAGCCACUGCCUGGGUCUCAGUCUGGAUCUACAGCUGCAGUUGGAGCAGCUCCGAGGGAGGAUGACCGUAGCCCUGGACCUGCCAUCCUCCCACCUGCAGUGCAGGAUCCCACUGCUGCCAAAGAGACAGCCCAAGGAACCUCUUUCUAGCCUUGGGGGCUUCUUUCCUGCCACCGUGCAGCCCCACAAGUACUGCCUGAGGCCUAUCUGCUUCCCCGGCUAUGUGCCCAACUCAGUGGUGCUCCAGCAGAUGUGGCUAAAUGCGGAGCCAGGGGCAAGCCAGGAUGCCCUGUGGUUGCAGUACCCCAGGCCAUCCCAAGCCCAGUGGCAGAGAAAGCUGCUCCAGCGGCUGGGGGAUAAGCCUGGAGAGGAGGAGGAGGAAGAUCAGAAGGAAGAGGAGGAGAAGGAGGAGGUAGAGGAGGAGCUGGACCGGGCCUCGGCUUCCCUGAGCUCGCACUCCAGCCAGCAGCUGGAUUCCUGGGAACUGGAGGAGCAGAGUGCUGUGGACUGGACCCGGGAGCCCCGGCGGCGCACCUGCGAGACUGCCAGGACCCACCCUCAUCCCUGGCACCGUCAUGGGAGUUUGCUUUUGGAUGAGCAUUACGCGCAUCUGCCCAAGUUUCUGCAUUUCUUCAUCUACCAGACCUGGUUCAAAGAGUUGUUCCCCGUCUUCAACCUGCAGGCAUACCCGGAGGCGGGCACGGUGGAGGGCCUGGCCUCACUGUUGGUGGCCGUGCUGGAGGAGACCACGUGGGUGGACCGUGUGCACAUCCUGCAGGUGCUACUGAGACUGCUGCCCAACAUAAGCAGUGAUCUCCAAGGCCAGCUGCAGGGCCUGCUCAUACACUUGCUCAACCUGGACCAGCCCCCCAGCCUCCAGGACCAGACGCAGAAGAAGUUCGUGAUGCUGGCGCUGCAGCUGCUCCUGGCCUGCUCCCUGGAGUCCCGGGAUGUGGUGCUGGAGCUCAUGUCCUACUUCCUCUACUCUCCGGUGCGCUGCCGGCCAGAGCUCAAGAAGCUGCUGCAUGGGCUGGGCCUUCAGGACCCGGAAGGCUUCCUGUUCAAGGAGAUGAUGACCUGGGUCCAGAGCCCCGACCUGGACUCCAAGGCUGGUUUGCGUACUCGCUGCUGCCAGAAACUGGAGGACAUGAUCCAGCAGCUUCAGGAGACCCCAUCGCAGACUUCAGUGGUCUCUGGGGCACCCACGCAUGCCUCCGUGAUGCCCUCGGGCACCUCCUGGUCACCCUCCAGCAUCUUCAGGAGGCUCUCGCAGGUCUCAGAGGUGCCUUCGAUGGUGCUCUCACCUGCGGAGCCGCACUCUCUCUCCCCGGAGCUCCAGGCCCAGCAGACGCUGGCACCCACGCGCAGCUGGAGGACCGGCCAGCUCGGUCUCGGUGUGCUCUCCGAGACGCUGAAGAGCUUCUGCCUGGAGCCCGAGUCUGUGUGUCUCUGGAAGGUUGCUGCUCCGCCCACAGUGGAGGACAUGUGA